AUGUCCGACACCACAGACGCAAGCACGUCUGCUCGGGGUCGCAAGCCCCAUUUGGCAGACUCUGUGCGACGUUACGCGUCCUCAGGAUCUCGCCGGCAAGAGCGGCACGCCUCCACCCAGGAGGCGCUGCCAGAGAAGCGUGCAGAGAAGAGUAGUCAGGCCCCUCGUGUCCGGGUGGUUCCACCAAAGACAAUGGAAUCCUGCAGUGCCUGCAGGCUGGAGCUGCCAGACGACCUAGCUGCGAACCUCGCGAAGGAGGUCAAGAAGCAGGUGAUGGACAUGGCGGACCGCUUUCGGGAGGGAAAGGGCCCAACGUUGGUCACAGAGACAAUCAAGGGCAAAGCUCCACGGGUGGAUCAUCACAAUUUGAUUCCUGCACACCUUAAUGAGGAGCUGUAUACCUUCUCGACACGGAGCUUUCUCAUCCGCUACUGUGAGGAGGAGGUUGAGCUGGGGGAUGUAGGCCAAUUUCGACUUGAGCUUGGCCCAGCAGAGCUAGAGCGACGGCAACCACUGCUUUUAGAGGUGGAGCUGAUGUUUGCAGAUCUCACUCAACCGAGUGGAGAAAAUCUGGGAGAUCAGCCAGAUGUUGAGUCUGCAGAGUUUCGCUGUGUGUCUACGCAAGUCCUGCGACUGCGUGGCGUGGAGCGAGGUUUGCAUGACUUCUGCCCAGUUGUCUUUGAUGAGUGCCACUUUUGCCUGCUAAAUCUUGCUGUUCACUCAGCUGUGCUUGACCUCCGCUUCCGCUUGCGGCCCAUGCAGCUCGCUGCUGCCAAACCGAAGGUGGCCGGGCCAGCCCCGAGGGGUGGUGUGAAGGGCGAGGAGGCGCAGGACAGUGAAGGCGGUGAGAGCAGGGGUGGUGAUGUGGGUGUACCAGCAGUUGUGAGGCACUCAAAGAAGUCCGGGCUCAGUGAUGGUUCUCCAGAGCAUGACCAGGAACGUCCACCGGCCAGCUGGCAGGCUGCUCCACCUCCCGCAUUGUCUUUGGCUGAAGCGCUGUUCGGCGAGGAGCUCAAUAAGACAAUUGAGCACAGCCGACUGCUGCAAUUGGCUGAGGGUCUGUACAGGCGGCACAUAGGUGCCUUGUCUUCCUCCUAUGUGCAACAGGCAUCAUGGUUUAAGCUGAUUUGUGAGCGAUGCUUAACUCCCUUGCAGAGAGAGGCUCUUUUUGGCCACAUGGAGAACGGUAGCAGUGUGAUACCCGACCUUGGCCUUGAUGUGUUGAAGCUGCCCAAAGGCAUGUUGGUGCCGCAGCUGCCGAACCCCAGUGGUGUCAGAGCAAGUGGAUCCACAGCUGGCAUCAGUUCUUUGAAACCAGCAGCUGGCUUUGAAUGUACCUCCGGUGAGAAAGUCCUGCAGGAGAGCAUCCUUGAAAGGAUCGAGAAGACAGGUGACAGCUUCACUCCACACUCAGUUGCAAGGCUUUUGGCCUACGAUCUGAAUGCUGUCUCCUGCCAAAUCCAGGAACUCUGGCACCAGGCUCUCAAUGUGCUUUCGUUUGGCUAUCGAGAAAUUGCCUCGAUGCUGAGAACACAGUGGGAGGAAAGAAUUAUCGACCAGUGGUCCUUGACCAUUGUUCGAGAAAAGAUGAGUUCCAAUUUGGCGGAGCCAGAAAAUAAAUCCAUAGGUGAUGCGCACAAUGCAGCAGCUGACACCCUUCGGAAGACUGUGAAGCCCCGGUCACCGGAGUUGGCAUCCAUUGAGGACACAACGUUGUUACCAUCCAUCGAACAGCGUCCUGUGCUGUUCGACCAGCGAUGCAUUGGAGCUGGCACGGACAUCUCGGGGCUCAAAGGAGCUCCACAUCCCAGCCUGUGGGAGCCAAGAGUCCCGUCUGCUCCCAAGCAAUACCGUGGAGUUCAUUUGUUUGUGCUAUGUCAUGGCUUCCAAGGGAACUCCUUUGACAUGCGGCUGAUGAAGAACAACAUAGCGCUGCUUUAUCCGGAUGCUAUAUUUCUGUGCUCCCAAUCCAACGAGGACAAUACAGAGGGUGACUUUCAGGAAAUGGGCAUCCGGUUGGCGCAGGAGGUUGGGAACUUCAUUUGCGACUGGUGCCCAGGCUCUGCACUUGGGCGGCUGAGCUUUAUUGCUCAUUCCAUUGGUGGAUUGAUUGUGCGCUCAGCGAUUCCGCACUUGCAGGACUUCAAGGACAAGAUGUUCACCCUUUUGACGUUCUCUUCGCCACAUGUUGGUUACUUCCUGAAAAACAUCAGCCUUUUCCACCUCGGCCUCAAGGUGCUACAGUCUUGGCGAGGCUCACAAUGCCUCACGCAGCUCUCAAUGGCAGAUGCUGAUGAUCCGAGGAAAACGAUGAUCUACAAGUUGAGCCAGACUCCUGGGUUUGAGUACUUUCAGAAUGUGGUGCUGGUCUCUUGUUUUAGUGACAGCUAUGGUCCUUUCGACUCUGCCAGAGUUGAGAUCGGGAACAUGCUGGGGAUGCACACAGCACAAGAGGCAUACAAGGAGAUUGUCCAGAACCUCUGGAAAAACGUGAAGCCUGAGAGAGUUUUCAGAUUUGAUGUGAAUUUCCAUAUACCCGAAAACAAUCUGGACACCUUCAUUGGUCGAGCUGCCCACAUCCAAUUUCUGGAGUGCCAGCCGGUCAUGAGGAUGCUCAUUCACAACUUCAGUUUCCUCUUCCGAUAG